CAAAAAUCACAGCCGGCCGAGGUGCAGGUGCAGCAGUGACGGAACUGGUGCAUGAGGCUUGGCGCUGAUCGGGCAGGGUUAAUCGCGUCGCCCAGCGCGUCGGAGUUUGGAGGAGUUUUCACGACAUCACGAGAGGAUUUUGACAGAUUGGGAGGUGAUUGAUAUUGAGAUUGGGGAUUGAUGACUGGAGAUGGCUGAGAUUGAUUAUAUUGAGGUUGCGAAUAAGAAGAGUUUGGAGGGGUUUGUGGAAAGCUAUUUUCCUGGAACCGCCUGGAAAAAAUGGACCCAUCCUAAAACUUCAACAACCUACACACUAUCCCUACAAACCGCCUCCGCACUCUCACCAUCCGACUUCACAGCAUGUUUCAACUUAAUUGACACCACCAGCUCAGAAGACUACCGCAAAUCCAAAGAUGGAUGGAAACCCAAAGCGAAGAAACAGGAGAUGAAGCUGCUGGAUUUGAAGUAUUUGCUUGUGAAGAGGGAUGAGAAGGUGGAGGGGUUCGUGUCGUUCAUGCCGACCUACGAGGAUGGGUACGCGGUGGUUUAUUGCUAUGAGAUACAUCUUGGAGAAGAGCUGAGGGGAACUGGGCUGGGCAAAACGCUCAUCCAGCAUCUCGUUGCUAUUGCGAAAGCAAUCCCAUCAACGGAGAAAGUCAUGUUAACGGUGUUCACGCGAAACGAGCGAGCUGUUGCUUUCUAUGCAAAGCUGGGGUAUACCAAAGAUGAGUAUUCCCCUCCGCCACGAAUCCUGAGGAAUGGGACGGUGGUGGAGGCGGAGUAUGUCAUUUUGAGUAAGGCUAUUUGAGCAUUUGAUAGAGGCGUUUGGCGUUGGUUGUAGGGACUUCAAGAAUAAGCUUCACCAUGUUUUACAGUAUGAGACUCGCGUCUUCACUCCUGGAGACAACAAUGAAGCAAAUAAACACAUGGCAGCAACAUCACAUGGCAGCCAGCUCUUGGGAAUGUUUGCCAAGGCGUGUCUGGUAAGCGAGUUGCUCCUUUUCACUCGUUUCGGUACCGUAUUCGAGGACCGGAAUAGUAGGACUGUCUUAUUGCCAAUAAGCUUUACAUGAAACGUUUAUCUUUCUUGGUCCAAGCUAUCUGCGAUCACGUUCCCGAUAACAGAAAUGAGUAGAUGUGUUGAUUGUGAAAAAUCCUGAGACCGGUCUAGGUACAACGAAAAAAACCAUGGAGCAUGUGAACCUUCCCCAGAUUCCACUGGUUUGAGGUCCUGGUCGACCAUGUGAACGUCUUAAUAUCGAGCCAAUUUGAUUGGGGAUACUGUAGCGAACUGGAUUCCAUCGGAUACAC